AUGGUCCGCACCAAGAACACCGCCAAGAAAUCCACUGGCGCCUCAGCCCCACGCGUCCUCCUCAACAUCUCAAGCACCCGGACUUCUGGAGUGGAUAGCCGGAGAAGGAAGGCUUUGACCGCCUCCAAGGUCAAGCCUGUGGGAGGUGGGGACAUUGAGAAGAGAGAUGCUCAUUAUAAGGCUUUGACCGCUGCCAAGGCCACCUUGCCUAUGGGAGGUGGGGACUUGGCAAAUACAAGUGUUCACAAUGAGUAUUGCAUAGUCUGCAGGGAUGGUGCAGGGCGCUAUGAAGAGAAUACUCUCUUCAUGUGCGCUCUGUGUCCCAGAGUUGUGUGCAGGCUCUGCCUGCAGCUGCCGCCUGACUUAGAGACCACAGUCCUGCAGGACAACAUCUCUUUCCGGUGCAUUUGUUGCCACAUCAAGAUGGAACAAGGUGGCGCAUACUUUGGUUUCUAUAACGCCAACCACCUUCCGGUCUUGGACAGGUUCUUACCCAUCAAUGGCGCACUUGAGGUGUCUGAGCGAGCCGAAAUUUCGGCGGCCACAGUCAUUUUCAUUCACCUCAUCCUCGUCAACUUCACAGUGGCUGGUAGCCCUAUGGAGUUUGCUCAUUCCUUCCUCAAGCCCUACUAUACUGGCGACCACAUCCAGUAUCUCAACGUCUACUAUGACAUUGGCACUGAUGCCAAGCUUCCCGCCUACUGCAGCAACAUCCAGAAGAUAAUGAAAGGUUUGAAGAAGUCCUUUGUCUGGGAGCGUGUUGUGAUUGGCGUCUCUACUCACACUGAUGAGGAUUUUGGAGACCCUUUUACUGGGUAUGAGGAUGAUGCCUCAGAGGGCUAUAUCAGCACUCCGGUCAAUGAUUUCUUGGAAAUAAUUCUCCAACCCUGGAAAACUCUCAUUGAUGCCGUCCAGGAAUCCUACCUCUGGAUGUUCUGUUGUGGCCACCUUGUCACCAACUUGGACUCAUUCCAUGGCUUGCAAGAGGCUGUUGUCCGACACAAAUUAACUGGUACCAUCACAUUCAAUGCUCCUCGGUUUCAGCCCUCUUUCGCCUCACACUUGCUCAUUGCGUUCACAGAGAGGGUUCUCAUUGGACGUUGCCCACUUCGUUUAGCAUUCAAGGAUAUGCUUACACAAGCCUGUGACCUUGGUCGCCACUCUGACAUUUAUCUGCUGACACCUGUCAAGGAGGGCGCCCUCACUUGCUCUAGGUUUGCAUGGGCUAAUGUGGAGUUCCGUCCUUGGGGCCACCACCUGCCUAUCCAAUGCAGUGGGUGUGGUUGGGCUAAUUCUUGGAGGUCCGCCUAUGUCAAAGGCAGCAAGGACAAGGCUUAUAUUUUUUGA